AUGUGGAAGUUGCCACUUCUGGAACAGUUGCCAGGUGAGCGUCACAUCUUCAAUUCCAUUGACACUGUAUUCAACAUCAAUGAAGCUGAGGAUUAUCCAGUUGAAUUCUUGAAUAGUCUAACACCACCUGGCCUUCCACCUUACAGCUUCCACCUCAAGAUUGGGGCGCCAGUUAUGCUAUUUGGAAACCUCGAUCCACCAAAGCUUUGCAAUGGCACACAACUUAUAAUAAAGAAGAUGAUGCUAACAGUCUUUGAGACAACAAUUUUGACUGGUAAACCAAGCAGUGAGCCUGUAUACAUUCCUAGAAUUCCGCUUAUUCCCUCGGAUAUGCCUUUCCAGUACAAGCGCCUGCAAUUCCCGUUGAAACAGCUUUGCAAUGGGUAUUAA